AUGGAUUCCGAGAGCUUGACUGACAGGAACGCCGUCUUCAAGAAGCUCCGAGGCAGAUCCGAGAACAAGGUAGUCCUACCCGAGGGGUAUCCCGUCACUCUUGACUGGGGAAGGGAUUUGAGUGUGUGUUCGGAUCUCGGAAUCCAGCCGUGGGGAGCUGGAGAUCUGAGGAUCUCCAACUCAUUGUUUUCUAGUAACAGUUUCCUCUUGUGAUGAAACUUGGGAUCUAUGCCCCUUCAGAUGUGCUUCGACCGUAGCGUGAAGAAUCCGACAUGGGCGUCGGUGACUUACGGGAUCUUCCUCUGCAUCGAUUGCUCUGCUGCGCACCGGAGCCUCGGGUUCACAUUAGCUCUGUGCGGUAUGGAGGAUUACUUUUGCCCUUACUGGAAAACGAAAAUGUGCGUUACUUGUGUAGCGGUUGGCCGGAACCUUGCUUGGGCUCAUACUUGUCCACAUUUCCAUUCUCUAUGAUCCCUCUUCAAUCCAAUUUUGGGAAAAUCCUUCUACUUUCGGCGUAGGAUCUGUAUUGAAAAUACUUGGGAACUUUAAGCAGAAUUUUCUCCAUUAAUGUAGGCUUCAUGUACCUCCCAUGUGGGCCACUCCUUGCAAUAGAAUGAUCGUGAUAAUGAGAACAGUUAUCUGGCAAAGUCUUUUUAUUCGUAUACAUGAUUGAAUUAUAUGUCGAAGGAAACAUUAUUGCCGUUCCCAUAUUAUCAUUAAAAAAAUUAUCCUGAUUAAUCAUUAUUUAGUUUCCUAUUCCAGUUUCUUGGAAGAGGAUCGCUCUCUCUGCCGGGCGAUCCCCCGCUAUCACCGACAGAGAGUGUAGACAAUUGAGAUUUCUGCAAAAUAUUCGUCUGGUUUCUCGACAUGAGAAAACUAAGUUUCUUUUUUGCAUCUGAAAGUUAUUUAAUUAUAGGGCAUAUCAUUAGCGCAUCAUUUAGAAGCUAGAUAAUUUGUCAUAAGAAAAAAAGAAAAGAAAAAAGAGAAACGGACAUGGGAGAAUAUGCUUUCGUUUUUUGGAGCCCUCCAAUGAUUAGAAAAUAUGUUUUUUUGAAAAUGUGGUUGCUGCUUAGAAUUCGAGGAACCACUUUGUUACUGUAUUCAAAUUUUAAAAGUUCAUUUGAUUUGGAGGCACCACUGUGACACAAAAUUCAUGGAUAUAAAACUCAGCGGAUGAGAUGGCUUAUUCUCAAUUAUCUGACGUCUCGGGAAGAUCCCUGGUGCAUGUGGAAAAUUGGGAGCAAAGGCCUAAAUUUUAUAUAAUUCAACCUCUGAAAAUAUUGUGGAUCAAAUUUUCACAGAAUGCAUCAUUGUAAGAGUAAAUUGGAAAUUUAUUUUGAAGGCUGUUGGUUUCCAAUGUUAUUAAUUUCCUACUAUGAUACAGUGGAAAUAUGUAAUCCUAUUUGUAGAAAAGAAAUGGUUGAUCAUGCUAUUGUGAGCAAUGGCACACGAUGUUUCAGCUUGCAUUUUUUUUUCUAGGCACUGAAAGGAAAUACUGAAGAUGAUAUGGAAGGCUAUCAUGAAAACAGUGCAUAAUGUUUGACUUUGAUGGUACGUUGCUGAAGAAAUCUAUUCAAAAUAAAUAUAAUGAAAACCGAAGCACAUUAUUUAUUUAUUUAUUAAAAAACUAAUUGAACUGCACAAAUCAUAUGUAUGAUAAAUGAUUUUAAUGUACGUUUUUGUGUCUUCUGGGUUUGGACUAAAUAUUCUCUAAUUUUUCCGGAUCUGAGCUGGGUUAAACGACUAAAUUUUAUACCAUGCAAGAAUGAACAUCAUUGCCUCAAAAUUGUGUAUUUAAGGUAGAGUUUUUGUGAUUAUAUGUCCUUUGGGAAUUAUUUACUGUCAUCAUUUUUCACCUUUAUUAAGAAAGAUAAAAAAAGAAUAACUAGUUUUUCAUGGGACAUUCACAGUACCUCUGAUGCUUCAAGAUCAAAAUGUCGCUGACAAUAUUUAUAGGCAAGGGAGGGCCAAGUCAAUCAAGGGAAUUUAAAAAAAGGGUUUACUUUUCAGUAAUCCAUAUAGAUUCUUUAUCUGGAGUGCCAUACGCCUUCUGCCUUGUGGUGUUAACCUAUAUCAUCGAAAAUCUAAUACUAAGUGCAUAUCAUAGGAGGGGGCAUAGAGUUACAUAUCCAGUGUGAUAGAAAACAACCUUCUACAGAACAAGCCCUAUAGGAGAGGAAUUUUGUUUAUGUUUCGCCAUUGUUCCUAUAAAUUUUCGUAUAGUUUCAUUCACUUCUCAUAGUGGAGGUGUAUAACUUAUCCUUUGGGGGUGGUAACCUGGGUAUUUUUUUGACUGCAUCACUGCAAAAACUCACCUGGGGUGAAAUUAUUUGAAUGGCAUCAUCUCCUAAGAGGAAACAGGGCAAUGUAUCAAUUUACGCCCUACGAAAACAUAUGAACUUGUUCCUUUCCUUCAGAGUUCUUUUCCAGAAGGUACUGUAUAACAGUGUUCCAUAACAUUAUAUUAAUCUUGAUGGAGACUCUCCGACCCUAGAGCAUUCUCUCCUUUCAAAGCAAAGGCAGAAGCCUUUGGAGAGGCUUUCCCCUCAAUUGAGAUAUUGGGUCUCUGGUCUCCUCAUAAAUCUAGUCCCCAGGAUCUAGUCUUUCUUUUUGAACAUAUUUUUAGGUGAGCAGCAUUGCCUGUUUUCAUUAUUCAGGCCCACUGAACCCCUCAUACUACAUCAAAUCCUGAGAGGCAAUGAGUGCCUGGAUACUUUCUGCGCCAGUGAGCCUGUUGUAAAAUAUGAGGUUAGUUAUAUCCAUUUUAAAGUCAGAAUUGCAUGUCGCUGAAAAUGUGUCCUUGGGAUCUUAUCAGCUUUUGCUUCCAUCUAUAUCAUAUCUCGUUCUGUAACAAGCCUGGUACCAUUAUCCCCGCUCUUUUUUCCUUCAAAGAAGCAACACUUUCUUAAUUUUUUUUGUGAUCCAGAUAACAGGAAUAUCUGGAUGAUAAAAAUGUUCUUCAGAUCUCGCGGAUCUGUUGAGCAAGCUGAUCUAAUCGGAGUGAGCAGCAGCCUAGGAUGUUUUCCAUGUUAUAUACCUGGAUAAGCUUUCUUCAUCUCGCAUGUCAUUUCAUUUGCCCCCCCCGGGCUGUGAAGAGUCUCCAGAAUUAUUUUUUUCCUUCACACAGCUUCAGAUCUGAUGCCCAUAAGCAGCACGGAUGGUUGGACGGUGGAAAAAUCGAAGCGAAAUAUACAUCGAGGGCCUCCGAGUUAUACCGGCAGAUCCUUGCUAAAGAGGUUGCUAAAAGCUUCUCAGAGGAUCCUGCCGCUCCCUUAUCGCCAGUCGCUUCCCAGCCUCUGCCUACAGACAACGGACCUCCUGCGCUUAAGCUCGAAGAUGCUUCAAAAGGAAUCGCUGUCAAGCAGAACGAAGCCCCGGAGGUCGUACGGUCACCUAAAGCUCCUACACAGUCGGCUGUUGCCAGCUCCAUUAAAAAGCCUGCUGGUGCGAGAAAGGCCGCAGGCAAGACCAGUGGGCUGGGGGCUAGAAAACUCUCUGCAAAGGUACACGAGCUCUGUACUUUUUACAUCACCCAGUGGGAUUUUAUACUCUUACAUGCGCAUAAUAUUUCGCAUUUAUGUGCCUAAUAUAUAUAUAGCAAGGGCUAGAUUUUCCUGGCCUGAGCAAAGCUUCCUGAUUCCAGCCCAGUGAAAGCUUCCACGACCAGAAGCCUGAAGAGCCACCGACUGCGCCAAGGUCAAAAGAUGACAGCAGCACUUCGACCCUGGGCUCGUCCCUCACUUCUCGACUCAGCUACGUCGAAAAAGAUGCACCAGCUGCUCAGGCUGUUUCUUGGGGCAGUCAUGUGGCCGGGCACGUACCCCUCCAAAAUCCUCAGGCUUCCUCGCAGAUUUUGGAUCUCAGAAGAAGACCUCCAACUCGUCUGAGACACAGGUAAACAUCACGAAACCAGCUUCGUGUUAGCUAGUUUGUCCAAUAUUACUCCAGAAAUGUAUAUGAUUUCCAGAAGAAGAAAACUUUUGCGGGGGUGAAAAAAUCUACUGACAUGAAUGAAUCUCAUUGGUUCCCACGCAUACAAUAUAUUCUAUAGCACACAGAUCACGUUUUGAGCGCCAUCAUAUGCAUAUGCCCUCGAUAAUCGUUGAUAUAGUAUCUUCGACCCAUGAGUAUAGCUACUGAUUGCAGUGGCUGGUUUUACGUGAUUGUCGUUUGCUCUCUGGUGGAAUAUCCUGCUCCUAGUCAACCCAGUUUUCUAAUAAUAGUGGUACUUGUUCAACAGCAGUUGUGGGAAAAUGCCCAUUUUUGUUUUCUCCCUUCAUUCGCUCGCCUAUCCUUGUCUCGGAGUUAUGGUGUUCAGAUUAUGAUCUUCACCUGUACCAACGCAGCAUCCACCACUAGAAUUUGAGUUUUUUUGUUUUUUUUUAUUUCUAUUUUUGUCGUAGAUGCAAGUCAACUUGUUGUUGAAUUCUCAUUAAGAUGGAUGCGGUUGGUCUGACGAUCUCUGAGGCUGCUCAGAUCCAGGAAUUCAGGGAAGCGAGAGACAAGUUCACGAAUUCAAAGUCCAUCUCGUCGUCCCAGUUCUUCGGAGAACAAGUCAAAGUCAGGAAGGGAGAUCUCCAAAUGUCUUUGAAAAAGUUUUCGGUGCAUGCCCUCGCUUAUCUCAUCCUUCGCAUCUCUCUCUCCUCUCUCUCUCUCUCUCUCUCUCUCUCUCUCGCUCUCGCUCGUCAGCAACUCUGACGCUCUCCGAAAACAUCAUACAUGGCGGCAGCUUCAGCACCGUCAACCCCUCAUUCUCUCUCUCUUCCCAAUAAGAUUUGCGCAUAAUCAUGCUGUUCCGCGCUUUUCUUCUUCUUCCUAUUCUCUCUCUCCUCUCUCAUCUCUCUCUCUCUCCAUCCUCUUCUCUGUGGCCCUCUCCUGAUUGUAUGUCGACGGUAGACUCUGGGUACCUCAAGAUCGGAAACGGAGGGGCGGUCUCUACCCACAUCUAAUUCCGGCAGCAUCUCUCCCCCCCUCUUUCUCAGGCAUCUCAAGACAUAUCCUCCAUUAAAAACAUGGCCGGCGAGACGGGGAAGAAGCUGACAUCGCUAGUCACCAGCUUCAUCACGGAGUUGUAG